AUGAUCGGAUCCGCCAAUGAUCCAGCACAACCAUUCGCCAAAACCAUUUGUUCAAUCUGUUACGAAGAUCUCAAACCCAUUGUUGAAGAUCUUCAAGCCAUUUCAAUUUGCGGUCAUGUCUUCCAUGAGCUCUGCAUACAACAGUGGUUCGAGUACUGUUCGAAAGGGAAGAAGAAAUGUCCCAUAUGCAAGCAAAACUGUUCAGCAUCCAACGUGAGUCGGCUCUAUUUCCAGUCAGUUGGUGAUGCUAAUGAGCCUAAGCUCUCUCAAAAACUGCAAAGUCACAAAGAAGACCCAGAGGAACUGCAGAUAGAAGUCAGGAGACUUGAGGGUAAGGUCAAGGGGCUCAACUCAGCUUUAGGAAGUCGAGAGGAUGAUCUCAAAAACAUUAGUAAUGAGCUUUGUGUGUGCAAAGAGCAGUUGAAGAAAGAAUCAGCAUUGAAAAAUGAAGCUUUGGAGCAAACCCAGACAAUUAAUCGUUUACUUAAUAUGAAAACACAGGAACUUAAUAAAUCAGAUUUGGAACGCAUUAAGUUGCAGGAGAGGAAUAUGGCUUUAGCCAAAGAACUUGCUUCAUUCAAGUUGGUCUCUGAUUUAAACUUGGAAGAGGAAGAGAUUGUGAAACUUGCUUCUUUGGGUACUGGGGCCCACAGUAAAGAGAGUUCUGAUGUCUUAAAGAAGUCAUUGGUUGUUCGCAACAAGAUGUAUAAGGAACUAAUUGCCAAGUGCAACACUCUUGGAAGAGAAGAGGCACACACCCGUAAAAAGCUUGAAAAAGCUAAAGAGAAAGUAGAUAAAUUGAAGAAAAGAAUCCAAGAACUGGAAACCACAAAUGAAAUUAAAGACAAUGAAGUCUUGAGAGCAUUAAAAGCUUCCCGGACAACAAAGAGAUCCGUGAGUGUACUAAAUGGUGUGGACUCCACUAGUAUCGACACAUGUACGCCACAGGAUACAAUAAAGGAAGACGUAGAUCAAGUUGCAGCCAUGUCUAUUGAUCCCGUUCAUCUUAGAAAUACGAAGAGGUUAAAAGUCUCGGAGAAUAUUGACGGAAGUAACAAUAAAGAUGGUUUCAGCACUCCGGACCCGGGGAUAAGUUCCUACAUUCUAAUUGACGAUGACACACCCGAGGUUUUAAAAUCACAUGAAUUUUCGUCAUUUGAUCCAGUUCCUGAGCCUACUAAAAGCGCAACAAAUGGUGGUUCCUGUUUAUCGAGGCCUGUGCAUGAAACAAGAAAACAAAAUGGGGUUUCUUUGAACCAUAAAGACGAGGAUGUGCUGCUUCUUCACGAGAUUCCGCAAAAUAAGUCUCCGGUUAACAUCACAAAAGAAGCUUUGCCGGUUGUUAAUUCUCAAGAAGGAGACUUUUGUUUCUCGGCCGGACUGCUAGGUCCAGACGGAACUAAAAGGCACCUUGGAAAAUGGUGCAAAAAGGGUCAAAACAAGGGUUUUAAUGCGUCUUCGAUACCAACACAAGUAUCGGGAAAUCUUAUUGCUAUUGGAGCCGAUGGUAGAGGUGGUACAAUCAAAGUUUUAAGAUCUCAGAAUCUGUCCUCACAGGAUUGCAAAGAAUCUUCAGUUUUGGCCAAAAAUGGCAAGUAUGGCACCAAAACAAGUAGUUUGCAACCGCGUGGGUGCUUGCAGAUCGACCACUUCUUUCGAAAAGCCGGUCAAUAGUUAGUAUAAAACUUUGUUAUAUGUAGAUUUCUUUGGUGGUAAUCAUGAGUUUCUUGGUCAGCUUACGUGCAUUGGCUAAUCCCCUGGGCAACCACGAAUGAUCUGAAGUUAUCGCAGGUGAACCUACAU